AUGAAGUUUCUCCUCUCUCUCAUCCCAUUCACUGCUGCGUCUACCAUUCCUUACGGCCUCGCUUCAAACUAUAAUGCGGAUUCUUACUCACAGCUGCGUGCAAAACGAGGGGAGGUCGGCGAAUGCGGUGACAACCGCAUUAUUGAGGAUAGACGACUCGUACCUGAUGUUGAGAAUCUUGAUCAAGAUGUUGCUGAACUAGAAGCCAUCGAAAUUACUCAGCGCGGGAAACGAGAUAUGGAGGAUUGUGGAAAGAGUUGUUUUAUGUCGGAGGGGGAACUGUUCGUGCAUAUUUCCACUAGGGAGUGAAAUUAAUGGGGGCACUAUUUUCCUCAAGGGAGGAUGAGGAACAGGAAUAAGUGUGUUUAGAUUCCCUGAUCUUCAUGUACUGCAUCUCAUCACCUAAUGUGGAAGAUGGCAGGGGCGAUAAUUAUUUUUUGGGACAGGAAAUUUGUAUUGUGUUGACAUUCUCCCUGGGGUGUGGACUUUG